AUGCCCGGGCACAAAGGGGCGCAAAGCUGCCGAGACAAAAGGGCCCCGCCAAGUCGGUGGGCGGAGAGGGCAAGCCCGCGCAGGGCGCGCCGCAGGCGGAGAAGCCACGGGAGACGGUUGUGGGAGGGCGGAGGAGGAGGCGGCGGCCAUCGCCCGCCCCGCCCUGGCUCGAAGCGACCCCGGCCCGGCCGUUACCCUCGCCCGCACCGCAAGCCCCUAGCGGAGCCGAGAGCGCGGCCCGAGCCUACCCGGCACCCGCAGGCCGACCCUGCGCACUUCCCGCUCACUUUCCUUAACUCGCCAAACUCACCAGGGGCUCCGCCGCCGCCACCUCAGCCUCCACAGCAGUUUCCCCCGGAAAUCCUACCUGGCCUGCCGGCCGCCAGGCUGCAGCCACAGGCUUCGGCCCCCAGGAGGGGGGAAAGGCAGCGGGAGGGACAGCGAGGGGUAGGAAGUGCCGCCGCGGGGGCUCAUGGGACUUGUAGUCUCCGAGAGGAGCCGGCUACGGCGCGGGCCGGACAAAAUGGCGGGAACCUGUCUUUCAGCUCUGGGCUGAUCGUUCCCAUACGGCGUCUCUCAGCAUGCGCCGCCCGCUGCGUGUAA